AUGUCGGAAGAAGCAAAGAUGCGGUUGCCACCGCCGCUGUUCGCAAGUCGGGGUCGCAAUUCUUCUUCCCCCCGUUCUUCUGUUGCAUCGACAUCAUCGGACCGCCGACCCUCCACUGUUGAAGCCGUGAAUCACCAAGCUGACGCCGCCAUUGCUACCAUUGCUACUGGCGGCGACGAACCUUCUCCUCACCUCAUUUCUCUUCAUAUGUCUACCGCUCGUAUCGCCGGCUACCGCCGCUGA